AUGGACCUGUUGUGUUGCGAAUCGACUUCGAAGAGCGUCGCUCAAAAGGACCCGACACUGCUGCUGGACGACCGCGUGUUCGAGACCAUGCUCAAGUCCGAGGUCAGGUGCUUGCCGGUUCCCGACUAUUUGGCGACCGUCCAGACGGACCUCACUGCCAACCUCAGGAAGAUCGUGGUUGAUUGGAUGUGGGAGGUCUGCGAAGAGCAAAAGUGCCAAGAAGACAUUUUUCCAUUGGCCGUCAACUAUAUGGACAGGUUCCUGUCGGUAAAUCCGAUCAAUAAAAAUCACCUUCAGCUGCUCGGUACCACUUGCCUGUUGGUCAGUUCUAAACUUCGAGAGUCCGACUGCCUUUCCGUCGACCUUUUGAUUCUGUACACGGACAAUACCAUUACUUCUGAAGAAUUGUUGAUGUGGGAGCUACUCCUGUUGAGCAUCUUGAAAUGGGACGUGUCCGCUAUCACGGCUCACGACUUCCUAUGGUACAUACUUAAAAGACUGAACAUGGACACCGCCAAGCCGUUCGUUGACGUUGUUAUCAAACACUGCGGCACGUUCAUCGGCAUGUGCUCCAGAGACUAUAAAUUUUGCUCGUACAAGCCCAGCGUGAUCGCCGGGGCCAGCAUUGCUGCUGCUCUCAAUGGACUGGAAUACGCGGCCAUUUACAAGUACGACUUGUUCACUAAGCUGCACGUCAUCACUGGUUCUAAAAAGGAGGUCCUGAAGACAUGCCAAGAGCAAAUCGAAGCAAUGGUCGAGAGCCACAAGAGACAACGCAAAGAAAUGGAUUUCCAAAUGUACGAAAAGCCGUACGACAAGACUGCCGAGUCGGACGACAACACAAACUGUUGGAUUUAA